AUGAAUCAUUGUCGUUAUGGUUUUUCGAAUGAAUUGCAAAAAACUAUGGGUUUCAGUUUUCAAAAAGUGAAUAAUAAGACAAUUUUUAAUUCUAGACAGGAUGAUAGCAGUCCUGAUAUAUCAGAUAGGUGUUCCAGUGGAGAUGCGAUAUUUAUUAUUAUUAUUAAUUUCAGAAAAAAUAAAACCGUUUCGAAAAAAACAUUAUCGGAUUCGUUCGAAUCGGAAGAUUUAGAAUGUUCAUCAUCACUUUCUGAUGAAGAUCAACACGUACCCCAUAUUUUAGCACCUGACGUGUUUUUGCAAAACGAAUCUAUAACCGGAAACGUUUUAGGCGACCAUAAUUCAAACAGACGAUGUUUGCUAUGGGCGUGUAAAGCUUGCAAAAAAAAAGUAGUUACGGUCGAUCGUCGAAAAGCUGCCACAUUAAGAGAGAGAAGACGACUUAGAAAGGUUAAUGAAGCUUUUGAAGUAUUAAAACGAAGAACUUGUUCAAAUCCUAAUCAAAGGUUGCCCAAAGUUGAAAUAUUAAGGAAUGCAAUAGAAUAUAUAGAAUCUCUUAACGAUUUACUUCAAGGUACAUCGAUAAAUAAUUUAUCAGGGAAAACAAAUCAAUCAAACGUGGUGAGUUUUUCUUUUUUAUUUUCUUAA